UGCGAUCAUUAAAUUUCCGCACCAAACUUAACGUGAACGUUGCAUACCAUAACAACAUGCCUACAGAGAAGAGAAAGAACACCCGCACUCCCACGAACGUGCCUGAGCUUGGCGAUCCUGAUCGAAAGAGGGUGCUUAAUGUCCUAGCUCAAAGAAGAUAUCGCCAAAAGCGGAGAGAAAAGAUCGCGACUUUGGAAGCUCAGGCUAAGGGCCUAACCACUACUCCACUAUUCAAUCAAUCAGAAGACGAGACUUUGAGACUUGGGUCAAGAAACGCAUCCAUUUCGACUUCGAAAUCAGAAGCCGAAACCACCCAAGAAGACAAGGGGGCAGGAGCAGUUGAGGAGAUCCUAAGGGACCCGGAUGAUGUAGGGUUUCCUAUGAUGGACUUCGAACAGAGUGCCCUAGACUUUCCACUCUUUCCUGACUUUAGCGUCUCUUCAAUAGCGUUCGCAGACUUCAGCACACUCCCGAGUCCACUCCCCUCCUCUCCCUCAUCCGUACACUAUCCCUCACAAGCAAGCUCAAAUCCAUCACCACCACAAUUCAACUUCCCCUUAACUCCAGAUGGAGCCCAACUCACCAUACCGAUCCUCUCCGCCUUGCGCGCCUUCGGCACAAUUGCCACCAUGCUUAACGUCGUCACUGAAAUAUACAACCCCUUCCACCUGCACACGCUCUCUCCAACCCCUCCCGCCUCUCUCCCACUAAACCUCCACCCCACCCCCGCUCAAAUAGCAAUCCCGCACCACCCGCUUCUCGACACUCUGCCUUGGCCCUCGGUCCGUGAAAAGCUAAUCUGCAUGUUCGCCUUACCUUCAGCAAUUCGUCCACCAAUUGCAAGGAAUGAUGAUGAUGAUGAUGGCGAUGGACAGGGAAAGGCUAUCAUGCAAAUUAUGCAUGAUGUGGACGACUUUAAGGAUGGGAUUCGAGUGCACGGAAACGUUGUAGGGUGGGGAGAAGGGAACGAGUUAGCGGAAGAGGCCUGGGAGGUUGGAGAGACGUUCUUUAGGAAUUGGUGGUGGUGUCUAGAUAACAAAGUUUUAGAGGUUACGAAUCGGAGGAGGAGAGAAAGGGGUUUAGGAGUUUUAAGAUUAGAGAACGAGAAGGUGUAG